AUGGAGUGGAAUGCGAAACCCCUGGGGCAAUGGGACUGGGAAAACUUAUUCUUCGUGAAUUCAAAACCAGCAGAAAAUCACAAGUCUCAAUCUACUGAUUGGAGUGCGGAGACAGAUCACGAAACCAAUGUUGGAAUGUUGUUUCCAUCAGGUGGUAGUGGCUAUUCCGCGUCUAAACUGCUACAAGUGUCGUCCUUGAGGAGCUCAAAAUCUGCUUCCAAUAAUUCAUCGUCAAACGGGGAGAGCAAGACAUUUAUGUCAACUCGGGAAGGUUCUCAAGACGAUUCCACCAAUAAGAAAGAAUUGUCUAAAGGAGAUCUAAUUGAAACUUCUCCAGCAGCAGAGCCAUUGCUCACUCUAAAGCUCGGUAAAAGAUUCUACUUUGAGGAUGUUACCCCUGGAAGCAAUUCCAAGAAAGCCUCUUCCUCCACGGUUCCCGCGGCUCCUCCAAGCGGAAAGAAAAGUAAAAUGGGUAGUCAGAACAUGCUACAUUGCUGCCAGGUGGAAGGUUGUGGCUUCAACCUCUCUUCUGCUAAAGAUUACCAUCGAAAACAUAGAGUUUGUGAAACUCAUUCCAAAUCCCCUAAGGUGGUUAUAGCUUGUUUGGAGCGUCGAUUUUUCCAGCAAUGUAGCAGGUUUCAUUCUCUAUCGGAGUUUGACGAGAAAAAAAAGAAGCUGCAGACGUCGUCUCUCAGAUCACAAUGCAAGACGCGGCAAACCUCAGCCUGGAGCAAUGCAACUGAAUCCAUCACCUCUUUCUUCAUCACCUUAUGA